UCAUGUCAAAUAGUCAAACUGUAUUCAAUACUCGAUCGCAACGGAACGAUAAAUUUACAUUCAUAAAGUCUGUGUUACUUAAACGGCCGAUGAAUGAAAUUGUAAAUUAAUAUGGUACAAUGAAAACAAAAUUUUCCCGCGAUCAAAUUUGUAAUUAUAUUUUCGAUUGGUAUGAUUUUUUUGCAUAACAAAUAAGUGCGUCAGUUGUUUAUAAUAAAAUCGUUACAGAUGAGGAUUAAGUUCUUAAUACGCGGUUUGCGUUACGGGAAAAGGGUUAUAUCGGAAAUGGCCUUUUCGGAAUCACCGGCGAAAGCUUCGCUGUGCUGUGAGAUAUCACAGGAUGGUGCUGCACCAACGUAUGCGAUGUACGAGGCAUUGAAAGAUUCGUGCCAAAACAACGCGACCUAUUUUCAACCGGACGACAGCGAGAAUGGGCAGAGACUGUACCAGGGCUUCAUGACCCUCAUGGACCAUGUAGACACUGUGUGGCCUUUGGUAGAUCAUGUGAGGAAGGUGGCUCCUCAAUACGACUUCGAUUCAAAAUCGCCAGGCAAUGGAUACCGCAGUUUCGUUUCAGUGGUCGAUUCCUGUGUAUUGCACGGUUUAAAACUUAGCAGACAAGUGAAUACCAGUAGAGAUGCACUCCUAUUUAGAAAGGGACAUUUCGUCAAGGAGAUAGAAUCCUGCGGGCAGCUUCUAGCUUCACUGGGCACGUGUCUCCAUCACCUACACACGCUGUUGUCAUGGGCACCACCAGGAGAGCUGUUCCCAACCGAACCUCACACGCCCGAGGAGUUGUUUGCGCAAGCCGACACCAUUAAUCAGUAUUGUUUCUAUGGAAGGUGCCUCGGGUUUCAAUUCCUGCCAUCAAUGCGUGGAAUAUUGAAAGGCAUAUCAAUAUGUAUGGCGGGCUUCUCCGAGGCGUACUAUUGCCAUGGUAACCUCAUCAGCUCCGUGUGGACUGGUGGCCAGUACCUCAUCGACCCUGAGAUGCGAGCAAGGAGGAUUGUUAACAUAUCUCAGUCAGCGAACAUAGAGUUCUGCAAGGCGUUCUGGUUUCUGGCUGAAAGUGAGAUUAUGAAGAGAGUACCAAGUCUAAUGUCAUCGCCGGUAGCUGUGAACAAGCUCAUAACGAUCCCUCCAGAGCCUAUUGUAGUGAACACAAUCGAUUACAAGGAGAUCACAGUACUACCGCCCACGGUACACAUAGGGCUACAAGGAUUGAAUGUGAGACUCAUCAGUGCAAACAAGAGGAUUGGCAUGGCAGGAGAAGGAUCAUCGUCCUUCCCACCAUCAGACGGAGUUCUCUUCCAUUGCCACGGCGGUGGGUUCGUGGCACAGAGUUCAAAGUCCCAUGAAACGUACCUGCGGGAUUGGGCGGCUAAGCUGAACGUGCCUAUACUGUCUGUAGACUACAGUUUAGCACCCCAAGCCCCCUUCCCGAGAGCGUUGGAGGAAGUGUUCUAUGCCUACUGCUGGAUGCUCACACAUUUCAAGGAGAUUGGAACUACUGGUAAACGAAUAGUAUUUGCGGGUGAUUCAGCCGGUGCGAACUUAGUAGCUGCAUGUACACUGAAGAUAUUAACGACAGGGCUGCGGAGACCAGAUGGCAUGUUCCUAGCGUACGCCCCACUCAUGAUCAGCUUUGUACCAAGUCCAGCAAGAUUGUUGUGUCUUAUGGACCCGGUACUUCCAUUUGGAUUCAUGAUGAGGUGUCUUAAAGCAUACGCCAGUCCCAGUCACAGACCUGAUGGUGGCAAAGGCAAGGAGGACAAACAGAAUGGAGGACACAACCAGAUAAUGUCGAGCGCCACCACGCCGCUCGAUAGCAAUGGCUUCCUUAAAGUCAGUCCUUCUCAAGAAGGUAUAAGCGAAGGGCCGUCAUCAUUCGAGGAAGUGUCUCCGUCCGACCUGGCCGAGCUACAAGCUCACAAGUCCGGCAGUGAGAGGAGGAAGUCUUCCGACACUACUAUCAGCGCCGCCUCGCUGCAAAGCGAACAUACCGCUACAGGUAUCACUCCACCGGAGGAUAAAUCUCAGAAGUACGUGUCAGACUUCCUUGAAAGGUACGUGUUGGAUAGCGACACCGACUCUGAAGGACGCAGGAUACCCAUCAUCAAACCUAACAAGAUGGCUUACGAUGAAUCUCACAGGGAAGAAUCUGAGAACUCAAGCACGCUAGUAGGAGAGCCACCGCUUGUUGAAGAUGAUUUGAGUAAAGAAAGUAAAAAGAGGAUUAAAACAAGGAUUAGCGAAGCAGCGACUGGUUUCAUGGGCGCCAUGUCCUCCAGGCUGGCGUACAUCACUGGGUCUAACGCAAUCUCGAGACCUACGCAAGAUGACCUAGCAGCCCGCACCAACCUGGACGCGCUGAUAGCCCGCAGUCCGUCGGACGAGUUUAUAUUCUCAGUGCCGCGCGACCCGCUACUGUCGCCGUACUGGGCUGACGACCAACUGCUCACCAAGUUCCCGCCUGUCAGAAUACUGACUGUGCACUUAGACCCAUGUCUAGACGACUGCGUGAUGUUUGCCAAGAAACUGAAGAAGCUCGGCAACACAGUCGGCAUAGAAGUACUGGAGGGAUUGCCGCACGGAUUCCUUAACUUUUCACUUAUGGCCAAAGAAGCGAACGAGGGCUCGAAGCUGUGCAUCGAGCGCAUCAAGCAGUUGCUGGACCUGGACACGCACCCGGCCGCCCGGGACAACGAGUUAUGAAUGUGCGGGCUCUGCUGCCGACCCUAGCGGCGCGAACAAACGAACUAACACCUUAUUACACGACUAGUAAGUGCUAAUUUGCAGUGAAAGACUUACUUCGAGAUUCUGUCUAAACUAUAAACUUUAUUCUCUGGGCAGUAAGUGCGACAUUUCAGUGAAUGAGUUACACUAAGCGAUUCGUUCUGUAGACGAAUCUGUGUGAAGUGGUGAUAAAGAGAGGAAAGGUCUUCAAUUAUAAUUGGCAAUUAACUCUUAUAACUGUGUAACUAUGAAUGUAUCGAUUUGUAAGUCGAUCUUUAAGCUUGAUUAGACUAAAUUAGAUUCCUAAAGACUGCGAAGAUGAGGGACUUUUGUCCGCCAAAAACAAAGAUCUACUUAUUUAGGAUUUUGAGAAAAAUCCAAUGAGAACUUAACUGCUAUUACUAAUGCUAUUCAAAAUCGAAAUUAAAAAUCUUUGGAUUAAGGUCGAUAUUUGAUCGAUUGAUACAGAGAUUUUAGAUUAAGAUCGGUUAUAUAGUUAGUCGAUAUAGGCAAAAAUUUACCUUUUGAGGAUCCCUCGUCUACGCAUGUCUUUAUUGUUAAUGCUAAUAGUGAUGGAAUUGUAUGGAGUCUUGCACUGACCAAAAUCUUAAGGAAUUAGCUUCACGAUGUUCGUUGAAGAUUAGGAAAUUGCACUCGAGAGUAAUAGAAAAGUUUGUCCAGUUAUAUUAUCGAUAUUGCGAUGUAGUUUAUCGAUAAAAAUAUCUAAAUGUACCAAUUCGAAAAUUCAAUGUAAUGCGACUGCAAUAUUUCAAGCUCUAAUUGUAUGUUGUUAAUUGAUAUUAAUAAUACCAAAUGUAACAGCUAAGUCAAAAAGAAUAUUCGUCUAAUUAAUUAUUAUUGUUAACAAAUUGUAACUUGAUAAAUUCUUCAAGCUAUCUUUGUAAACAUGAUGAUGUAAAUUGUAACUGAAUGUAUUAAACAAUGCCAAAUGACAGAAUGGUACUGUCAAUAUAAGAUUAUAGACAUGAUUUAAUUUAAAUAAUAUUCUGGCUCUCGUAACCUUCGAAGAAACUCGACUAAUUUCUAGCCACACCGGGGCUUAUAAUCAUGUGCUCGAGUAUUUUUGAAGCAGGUUACGUAAGCCGCAAAUAUUAUUAUUUAAAUUGAAUAUGUCACAUGAUAGUUAUUAUACAAAGAUAUGAAUAAAAAACGUAGUAGAUAUGUUAAAAUCACGCGUUAAAUAAACACUUUCUUAAAUAACUCUGUGAUGUUGGCACCAACGUUCUGACUUAGGUGCCAUUGUGUGCAAUAGUUUCAGUAUUUUAGUUUACACCUUACCUUAAAUACGUUCUUUUUACAUUAAUCACAAUGAUUAUGGGUCUUAUUAAACCCGCCAAUAUGCGUAUACGUACAGACAACAGCACAAUAACCUAUACUUAUCUGUCAAAUUGAUUUUCAACUCAGUAACAUACUUGCAAAGGUUGAAAUUUGAUAGAUUGAACACAUAGGUUGACCUGCUGAUAUCUGUGCGUCUGUCUCUAAAGCAAGUUCAAUUGUGAUUAUUCAUAGUAUCUAACUUAAUUUAUUUAUUUUAUUUUCAUCACAAUUUUGUAUUAAUUUUUAUGGCAAUGUAAAAGACGCAGUUGUUCGUUCAUUGCCAUAUGUGAUAAUACCAAAACAUUACGGGAAAUGCAUUUUGUUAAAAUAAAUGUUAUGUGUAAUAUUUAACUAUUUAUUGUUAUAUUUAAAUAUUUUCAAUUUCCCUUCGUUAGUGUUGUGACCUUCAUUUAAUUGGUUAAUCAUGUGUUGUAAAAAGAAGCUUUAUCUAUUUAUUGUAUAGGAGUGUCAGUGAUUGUGUUUUAUUGAUAUUUUAAUAAGGUACUUCACUUAAUUUUAUGAUGAGGUUAUAAUCUUUUUGUUUAAGUAGUUAAAUAACUGCGGCUAUGUUUGCGCAAACGACUCAGUACAUGCGCAAAACUAAGAACAAUUUUGCGCAUGUUACAAACUUUCGACAAGAUUUUUUGCGCAAUGGAGAUUUUCCGCAGCUACUCGUAAGAUAUUUGUUUUUAUUUAUUAACAUUGUUUUCGUUACUUACCAAUACUUAUGAGCCUAACAUGUGUUAUUUCAAUUGGAAAGUUGUAAUUAAUUAAUUAAUUAUAAAUUAAUGAUGCAAUUUGUGAAUCCGUUCCAGCUGUGUAUAGAACUUAAUAAUAUUGUAACAAUUUUAUUAUAAACAAAUGGAAUUACUUGAUACAUUACACGUAAAUUAUUGUGAUGAUAUAUCCAACCAUAUACCUAAAUUAUUUGCUCUCUUUUCCAACAUCACCUAAGUUUUUAAAAUAUAGUUCUAUAUUUUGAAAUAUUUCUACUAAUUAUACCCUUUCUUCAAAAGCAAAUUGUCCCUUUAACAAAUGGACCAUAUCUGAAUAUCACAUCUUUAUCAUGAAAAGAAUAAAUUGUUGUAACAUUGAAUGCUCAAUUCUUCGUUGUAUAUUUUUGAUAAAUUGUUUUUUUGGAAUGAAUAUGUGACUAUUUUUAUUAAGUAAUGUUUUUAAAUUCUUGGGAAAACACUUGAGUGUACAGACGUCAACAGAAUUUAUCGUGGUACUGUCCAAAUUUGAUGUUUUAAAGUAUCAAAAUGAGAUAAAGGAAUUUGGGAGAUGGAAUUAUUCGUGAGCUCUUUUCAAUCUUCAAAUGUUUAGCAUUUUUCCACAGCUGUGUUCAAUGAUAUAUUUUAUUUAGUUGAGCUAGAAUAUUUAUGUACAACUAUCUUAAAUCUGAAAAUUCUAUAGCAAAGUAGUCUUAGAGAACACAUAGCUUUAGAAUAUGCCUAAUAUUUUGUUAUGGUAUAAGAUACUCAAUGUUUUAUUUAAAUAGCUCUUGGAAUCUGAUUAAACAGUAGAAAUGUACCGAUAUAUUGCUUUAAAUGUUAAAAUAAAUAAAGUAUAUCCAUGUAUUGUUAAUGUUUAGGUAUCUAAUUCAUAUUUUCUUUGCAUUGUGUCUUGGAUAUAGAAAAUGCCUUCUGAUAAAUUAAUAUUUGUCAUUCGUAUUCGCUCUCUGGCUUUGUGUUAGUUGUCUAUGUAUCGAGAACAAAGCUACAAAGUUAGUUGCAAUAAGAAUGCAAAGUUAAACUGUGUCUGUGAUAGCGAAUUGAAAGCUUUUCGAAAGCAUAACUAACAGUAUUCUAAAACACGAAUAAUAAGUACAUCAUGUAAAAUAAUGUUGUCUGUUUGUGUAUUUAUGAAAAUGUAAAAUAAAAAUGUAUUUAAUAAUAUUUUUAUAGAAAUAAAAAUAUCCGUAAAGACAUUAUGAACUUAUUGUAAACUUCGACAUUUUAAUGUUAAUAUCUCUAUAUAAAUUUAUCGGUGUUUCGAAUAGAUGGACACAUGAAAUUAGGCCUUAUGGAAAUGGAUAUAGAUGUUAUAUUAUAAUCACAAACGAAAUAGUUAUGAUCUAUUGUCCAUAGUGAAAAUAUACCAACUAGUCAAUAAUGACAAUAUUGUACAAUGUCUUAUGUUAUUUUAAUAAAUGAAUGCAAAUACGUAACGUUAA